AUGCCGCCAACACGAAGGAUUAAAUCCAGCGAGUCCAAAAAAUGCGCUGAUGAUGUAGUGUAUGGGGCAAGACUAGGCUUCAAUGCCGGGCCAUCCCCUCAUCCCGGUGCAGCCAAGGCGACGCCGGCGGGCUGCUCCGCGACCGGCUCACAGACGGGACUGCAGUCCGAUCAAGAGACGUCGGCCCCUCCGUCUGUCCAAAACGCCGCGGCUGCCGUGUACUUUGACGCCGAUGACUUCAGUGACGAUGGGGAUCUCAGCUUCAAUGAAGCGGCACCAGCACCGAAGCUGACGCGGACCUCAAACCCGAAGACUGCAAAAGCACCGCGGCCCAAGGGACCGAAAGGAUCCAUAAGCGUUUGCUUCCAGUAUGAAGCUGAAUGGCAGAAACAUCGUGUCGAGUGGCUCGGCCAUGCGACGAGGGCAGUCGGUUUCAAAGACAUAUUGACGUCGGCACACAUUGACACGCUGCUCUCGUUCACCGAGACUUGCGAACGGCUAACCUCCUUCUACUUCACUUACCACGACGUCAACCGCGACGCGACUAACUCCGCCACGGAACUGACCGACGACGAUGUCACCAAGAUUGCCCACGCCUGUCCCAAACUCAAAUCUUUUGCCCUCCCGGGCGCCUCGGGCCUCACCGAAAAGGCGUUCCUUGCAUUAUGCGAACAUUGCCCUGACCUCACAAAACUGCACAUUAGCGCUGCCUCAAGAGGCAGUUUGGUGACCGGCCACGAUAUCGUGUUUGAGGCGCUGACAGAACAUCCAGAGUGGGUGCCAAAGCUGAAGCAGCUUCGGAUCGCGAAAAUGAACUGGACAAACAAAGUACUGCGGGUGCUAUCAAAAGCGCGGCCGAAGCUGCACAUCAUAUUGUCAUCAACAAGUGAGGUCAAGAGAUGGGGCGACUGGGAGUUGGAACACUAUCAGUCUGAGUGGUGGAGAGGGAAGUGCCAGGACAACAAUGGAGUGGUUAAAAGGGCGCAGAGGAGAUUUGACAGGAUGACUGAGCGUGGCUUUUGA